UAGAUUUGUACAGAGUACUAGGACCAUCGGACCCCCGCGCCGGUCACGCGCGAUCCCGGGGGAAUCCGCUGAUAAGACCUUCCGCUUAUCUGAUAACACCGCCGUAUUCGAUCGCUUUAUGUAUCUAUCCCAAGUAGACUCCCUGCUACAGUGUAGUACAGCAGUCAGCGCAUGCUAGUUGCAGGUAUGCAUAUAAAUCACCGAUCCCCAGUUUCCCCGCCAGUUCUUGAUCCAGAAAACAUCAAUCAUGGAUCUCGAUCACUAUCCCAGACGUUCCUGGCCAGACCGGGCUAGGCGCAUCGUCAAGGCAUUCACCACUCGAGACGGCCUCGUCGGCGACUAUGACUACGCCUACCUCUUCACCCCUCGCAUCCCUUUUACCAAAAAGUCCCAACAGUCCGCUCCCUUUUUCGGCCUCGAUGACCAAGUCCCUGUCCUCCUGGCUUUGCUGCUGGGCUUGCAACAUACCCUGGCCAUGUUGGCUGGGGUUAUCUCUCCUCCUAUUCUGCUGGGGGGUUCCUCGGGUGCGAAUUUCGGGACCGAAACGUAUCAGUACCUCGUGUCUACUUCGCUUAUCACGUCCGGGUUGCUGUCCUUGAUUCAAAUGACGCGGAUGCAUAUAUGGAGGACAAAAUACUUUGUUGGAACUGGGUUGAUUUCCGUGGUGGGCUGUUCAUUUGCGACCAUUACCGUUGCCAGUGGUACAUUCAGUCAGAUGUACUCGUCGGGAUAUUGUCCUAUCGACGCUGAAGGAAAUCGUCUGCCAUGUCCACGCGGCUAUGGUGCAUUGCUCGGAACAUCGUGUCUGUGUUCAUUGUUGGAAAUCGGCCUGUCUUUCCUGAGCAGCAAGAUUUUGAAACGUCUCUUCCCACCGCUUGUCACCGGCCCCACGGUACUCUUAAUCGGUGCCUCGCUUCUGGAAACCGGCAUGAAGGACUGGGCCGGAGGAUCGGGAAGCUGUGGAAAUGACCCGGCCAGCCGUGCCCUGUGUCCCAGUGCAGACGCACCACACGCCCUCCCAUGGGGCAGCGCCGAGUUCAUCGGUCUGGGGUUCUUGGUCUUUGUCACCAUUAUCAUUUGCGAGCGGUUCGGAGCGCCUAUCAUGAAAUCUUGCGCCGUCAUUAUCGGUCUCUUGGUUGGGUGCAUUGUCGCAGGUGCAUGCGGAUACUUUGAUCGGUCUGGAAUCGACGUCGCCCCAGUCGCCUCGUUCAUCUGGGUCAAAACCUUCCCUCUAACCAUCUAUCCGCCGCUAAUAUUGCCAUUGUUGGCCGUAUACAUCGUCGUCAUGAUGGAGUCCAUCGGCGACAUCACAGCCACCUGCGACGUCUCCCGCUGCGAAGUCGAAGGUCCCGAAUUCGACUCCCGCAUCCAAGGCGGUGUCCUAGGUAACGGCAUCACCUGUCUCCUCGCCGGCCUAUGCACACUCACGCCCAUGUCCGUCUUCGCGCAGAACAAUGGCGUCAUCGCGUUAACCAAAUGCGCCAAUCGCAAAGCCGGAUACUGCUGUUGCUUCUUCCUGCUUAUCAUGGGCAUUUUCGCCAAGUUCGCUGCUGCCCUCGUCGCCAUUCCCAGUCCGGUUUUCGGCGGUAUGACGACUUUCCUCUUCUCGUCGGUUGCUGUCUCUGGUAUUCGUAUCAUCACCUCUGUGCCUUUUACCCGACGCAAUCGCUUUAUUCUCACCGCUUCGUUCGCCGUUGGUAUGGCUGCUACCUUGGUACCAGACUGGUUCUCGUACGUUUUUACAUACAGCGGCGACAACCACGGCCUAACUGGCCUUCUCGACGCGAUAGACCUAGUCAUGGAGAACGGCUUUGCAAUCACCGCAUUGAUCGGAUUGGUGUUGAACCUCAUCCUGCCCGAGAACCCGGAUGAAGAAAUGGCCAUUGUGAACGCCCAGAUGCAGGCCCCGGCUAGCCAAGAGAACAAGAACGAGACUGAACCGAGUAGUAAAGCGGAGCCGGGGUCUUCUGGUUCUGCUGCUGUAUAGAUAUAGAUUUUGUAUGAUUGGAUAUAUGAAUGGAUAGUUAGUUAGUUACCCUGUAACGUUAUGUCAGCAUGAAUCCGUAACUAACUAGUAUCAUAUGAAACAGUACAUACCUAUUCACCUG